GAUCCAUUGCUUCUGACUGCCAGGGAGUGCCGCGCGCCGAUUGGUCCCGGUUAAGGAAACGGGGGAAAAACGCGAGCGGCGUGGAACCUUCGGCCAGAGCCUGGCACGUCCCGUGGGAGCGAGGCCGCCAGCGACCAUGGCGUCGCUCAAUUGCAGCGCCGUCGUCUGCGUGAUUUGCUUGGAGAAACCCAAAUACCGCUGCCCCGCCUGCCGCGUGCCAUACUGCUCGGUGACCUGCUUCCGGAAACACAAAGAGCAAUGCAACCCUGAAACUCGUCCUACUGAGAAAAAGAUAAGGUCAGCUGUUACAGCAAAAACUAUAAAGCCUACAGAAAACAAAGAUGAUGAUGAGGACUCUGUAGCUGAUUUUCUCAAUAGCGAUGAGGAAGAGGACAGAGUUUCUUUACAGAAUUUAAAGAAUUUAGGGGAGUCUGCAGCAUUAAGAAGCCUCCUGCUCAACCCACACCUUAGACAGCUGAUGGUCAGCCUCGAUCAGGGCGACAACAAGGCGAAGCUCAUGCGAGCCUGCAUGCAGGAGCCCUUGUUUGUGGAGUUUGCAGACUGUUGUUUACGGAUUGUGGAACCAUCCCAGGAUGAGGAUUCCUAAGAUGGACUAUUGUCCUGCUCACUCGAACAUGGGUGCGUGACUCUAAGAACCUGUCUCCUCCCCCGAGAAGAGCUAGCGUGGGGCCCUCAGCAAGCGUGUGCCGCACAAAGGGUGUGUGUUUCAGGCAAGAUGAGGAUACUCGAGGUGGUAAACCCUUUAUUGGAGGGAGAACUUAACAUUCAGAUAGUUGUCUUUAAAUGUUUUAAUUUUGGUGUUUAGACAUCACACAGAAUUUGUCAAGUUUCAUACUCAUUUGAGUUAAAACUUGCUUAAUGUCGCUAAAUAAAAUCAAGAUACAGUGAUUUGAUGGUAAA